AUGGACAGCGGACUCACUCGUUUUAAAAAUCAGCUUCUCCAUGUGGACAUUUACAUUGAUGAACUUGAACCUCGGACAGGAAUUUUUAACCUUCUGAGCAGACUUCGUCCUCACUGGAAGACGCAGGACAUUCAGAUGAAGGCAUUUACAGAAGGCAUCACCAACCAGUUGAUUGGCUGCUUUGUGGGCUCACUCCAGGAGCCCGGCUGUGUUCUAGUGCGGUUGUACGGCAGAAUGACAGAGCUCUAUGUGAACCGGGAUCAAGAGGUGGAGAUGUUCCAGGUCUUCCACGCCCAUGGCUGUGCUCCUGAGAUCUAUUGCAGCUUCCAGAAUGGCAUCUGCUAUGAGUUUGUCAGGGGAACAGUGCUGGAUGAUGAGCUACUCCGACAACCCUCCAUCUACAGAUUGAUCGCAGCCGAGAUGGGAAAAAUCCACUCCAUCAAGCCAAAACGUGGCGUGCCAGCUGAACCUCUGCUCUGGACUAAAAUGUCCCACUUUCUCAAACUGGUACAGACAAACAUAAACAUCGGCCCAGCAGAGCACUGGAGCACCGUAAGGCCUGCAGCGCUACAGGAGGUGCCCAGCUACGAGACUUUAUCAAAGGAAAUGGAGUCGUUGAAGAAACACCUCUUGCUGAUUGACUCUCCGAUUGUUCUCUGCCACAAUGACCUCCUCACAAAAAACAUCAUCUACAACCACAAAGAGGGAACGGUGAAAUUUAUUGACUACGAAUACGCAGAUUACAACUACCAGGCAUUUGAUAUCGGCAACCACUUCAAUGAAUUUGCUGGUGUGACCGAUGUGGACUACAGCCUGUAUCCGAGCCAGGAGCUGCAGAGGGACUGGCUCACCGCCUAUCUGGGGAGUUACAAACACAGUUUAGGACGUGGGGUCACUGUAACAGAGGCAGAGGUUACGCAGCUCUACGUUCAAGUCUGCAAGUUCUCACUCGCGUCCAACUUCUUCUGGGGUCUUUGGGCCAUUUUGCAGUCCUGUUUCUCCUCUAUUGACUUUGAUUUCCAAAGAUAUGCCAAAGCACGACUCAACUACUACUUUGAGAAGAAAGAGGAGUACUUUGGAUUAGCAAUGAGCAAGUUAACCGGCUCCACCUGUGAAGAAAAGCCCUGA